UCAGCAUUCUCAAUUUAAAGAUACUGUGUCAUUUGUUGUGCGUGUUUUCAGAUAUGUGACUGCAGAACUAAAUACACUAUAACUCCAUUUUCCAGUCGGACCAUCAAUGACGAGGACUUCCGCUUGUGUUUUCUCGCUGGAUAACGAUGGCUUUCCCAGAGUUUAUUACGGAAUAAAAUAACUGGUAUUGUAAUAAAUAAUCAACCCAAGACAGCGUGCACACCCCAAGGUGAUGGCCGGGCUCCCGUCUGCUCUCGCCUCUUUUCUCUCCGCGUCGCUUCCCCGUGGCUUCGCCGUGGGGCCUUCUCUGUUCUGCGAGGGGAGGCUGGGGCUGUGGUGGGUCGGCCGAUCUCUGGAGGCCGGAUGCCUGCUGGGGAGGGAGGGGGACGCAGGACGGGCCUCGAAGCAUCGCACUGACCCCCCGACUCACUGCCGAGAGGAUGAAUUUACAGAGACUUCUCAGUCCAUAACAGAUCAGACCAACAGCACAGUGGAGGAGGCGCUGACGGACUUAACAGCAGAUAAAGAAGCUCUGCUGCAGAAAUCUGUCUGGAUCAGCUUUGCCUGCCAGGCGCGGAGCAGAGCCCAGCAGAACGUGACGGCGCAGUGUGCGUGCGGAGAGGUGUGUGCGGGCGAGUGUGCUGACGCGUGUCUGCGUGUGUGUCGGGACAUCCAGCCGGGAACAGAGCUGCUGUUGUACGGAGACACUGUGGUGAAAAGUCAGACAGCAGACGAACCUCCUGACACACGGGACAACCCCACCGGACAACACCGCCGAGAUAACGAGGUGAAACACAUAAAACACCCAGAGAUCGUUGUUGCCGACACAUCGAUCAUUCGGGAAAGGGAAGAGGAGACGGAUGACAGACGGGAGGAGGAGGAGGAGGAGGAGGAAGAGGAGCAUAGAUUCAUCAAGAAGACUCACUCAACCACACUCAGGAGGAACAAGAGAGCCGAGAAAAUCCUGUCUGAGCCGAACUCAGACGGCGACAAACAGCCAGACAGCAGAACUGACGCUCACACAGAGAGUACAGAGAGCGUCCCGUCCUCGUACUCUACAGUUUCCAGAGGCCCACCUGCGCCUCCUCCUGUCCGCUGUAGCUCCCGCCUGGCCGCUAAACCGCGACGGGUUCACUGUCUGAGCAGCCGGGUGAAGCAACCGGCUGCCCACUCUGACCCUCACCCGCCCAGACAGACGGACAGACAGAGAGGAAGCCCCACCGAGGGCACAUCCACAGAGAAGGUGGUUUCCAUAAAGACAUCGUUACACCCCGACGCCGAGACGCUCGCAGCAGCGUACGUUGCCGGGGCGACUCUGACGUGGCAUCCGGAGAUCAGAGAGAGGCGGUACAGGUGUUCCAGCUGUGGUAAAAAGUUCUUCCAGAUCGGUCACUUGAAGAAACACCAGUUCAGUCACACGGAGGAGAAACCCUUCACCUGCAAAGAGUGCGGGAAAAACUACACCUCUGCAGAAAGCUUCAAAGCACACGAGCUGAGUCACCGCGGGGAGCGUCCGUACUCGUGUCCUCACUGUGAGAAGACCUACGGCCUGAAGCGGGACCUGAAGGAGCACAUGGUCCUGCACACGGGAGAGAAACCUUACGUCUGCGAGCACUGUGGCAAAGGAUUCGCACGCCGCCCCUCCCUACGCAUCCACCGCCUCCUUCACUGCAGCAGAUUGAUUUACACACAGUCUCCUAAGCUGCAGUGUACAAUCUGCCCCAAGCUGCUGGCUAACUCCGGCUCUCUGAGGAACCACAUGAAGCUCCACACGGGGGAGAGACCUCACAUCUGUCAGCACUGUGGGAAGUGCUUUAGUCAGAAAGGGAACCUCGAUAGUCAUCUGAGAAUCCACAACGGAGAGAAGCCGUAUCCCUGCGCCGAGUGUGACCAGAAUUUCUCCCAGAAACAGGAACUCCGCCGGCACAUGCUCUCCCACACCGGAGGCGGUUUCCUCUGUAGCUACUGUGGGAAAUCUUUGAGGGACCCGCACACCCUGAAGUCCCACGAGAGACUGCACACUGGAGAAAGACCCCAUCGCUGCUUUAUCUGUGGAAAAGGCUACACCGUGGCCACCAAGCUGAGGAGACACAUAAAGUCCUCUCACCUGAUGGAGAAGCCACACAGCUGCCACUGCGGCGCCUCCUACACUCUGAGACAAAGUCUGCUGAGGCACCAAGCUCAACACAGGACAGAGGAGGAAACUCAGAAAGAGACGGAGGUGAAGGGAGGACACGGAGGGGAGACGAAAGAGGCUGUGCAAGAGUUAGCGGCUUUAAGCUCCAGUCACCCGAAACCAGUCAGAGGCAGACCCAAGAAGAACUCGCUCCCUCAAGGUGCAGGAGAGAAGGAGGCGGGUGAAAUGAAGCGGAGGAGAAGACGAGGGAAAGGGGACGAAAAGGAUGUAGCGAGGACGGUUCAAGAGAGCGAGACCUCGACAGCGGGGAGAGGAGGAGACGGGGAGGCCGCGGGUGACAUCCAGCACGCCGUCGUCUACGUCCGCACGGACUCUACGUCAAACUCCGGCCCUCUGCUCCUCACCUCGGGGAGCUCGCUGCCUGCGGGGGCGGGACAGGAGCUGGUGGAGGUGGUGAUAUCAGAGGGGGCAGAGCAAUGCAUUGUGGUCCACGGGCAGCAGACGGUAGGAGAGUUGCUGAUCUUACAGGAGGAGGGGAGCGGACUCUGCUCUGUUGCUCAGACUGUCGAGAUAAACACAGUGUAGCUUAAAAAUCUGAGUUUCUUGAACCAUCUCUGGUGCUUCCUACAUGACAGCUGGAGAUCUAAUCAGCAUCGAUCCCAGGUAACUUUAAGAUGAAGUGUUUUUUUUUUUGUUGAACUCACCUUCCCUCAACCUACCUCGUCUACACUUUCUUCACUGUAUUAUUUUUUUGUAUAUCCCAGAAUGCCUUUGAACAACCUCCACAGAACAGAUGUGAACUCAUUAGAUGUAAUAAGCUGCUGGUUAAACAUGCAGGAGGGGAGAAGUUUGAUAUUUUCCAGUUGUGAACAAGUGAAAGUUCUGCCCCCAUCACUCUGAUCCCAGCAUGUUUCUACAUGCAUUGAAUUGAGGUCUGUUUUCUCCUGUUGGCUCCUCAGUGAUGAAUUUCUUCUGUUGUGAUUGUUGAACAGCGGCGCACAGUUUGAUGCUGAGCGGCAGACACCCAAAGCUGACAUUUAGUGUUGAUGCUAAAUAUAAGAACAAACACUUUCAUUUACUGGAAGUAGCUUGAUGUGACAUUUUGUCUUCUAUAUUUAUCUAGUUAUUCCCUGAAGUUAAAAGAAACAUGCAGAAAUACAACAUAGAUGUGUUGUUAUCCAUGUGAUUUAAGGUGGACUAUUUUAAUUUUUAUUACUUCUGUGUAUGGCUGGGUAUGAAAAUGUGAUACCUUUGGGACAGCACAAGAAGCUGUGAACACAAAAUUGGCAUAUUAUUACCUCAUAGAGACGCUAUGGUGAGCAUGUUAGCUAACAGUCUUCUUUAGCAGACAUGGAGUUAAAUAAUUUAACAAAACAAUAAAUUUGUAGGCUGUAAAUCCAAAACACUGAGCUGAAAGAUGCUAAAAUGUGUGAUAGAGUUGAAGGUAACACUAGAGUUGGGUUAUGAUUAUCUGUGAGUGAGUGACCCCCUUUCACAUCUGGACAUGCACUGUUAUAUUAAAGGGCACAUAUCAUGCCUUUUGUGAUUUUCUGUUAUUUUUACACUGUUUUAAUGUCGGAUGUUUAUGUUAAACACGAUCAAACGUAUGUAAAAAUGCUUCCUGCAAGUCAAAACUAGUGAUGGGAAUUGUGGCUGUUUGAAGGGAGCGGGACUCUAUGGCUCCGUUCCUUUCCGAAAGCCGAACUAGUCGUAUUGUCAGACCUAAUGUUAAAGAUCUGCACUGUAAACGUUACACAAGGUGACGACUUAUCCUUCUGUUUUGUCAGUGAAUUUACUACUUUGAAUUUACCAUCUGUAUGAAAUGUGUUAUGUAAGUAAAGAUGCCUUGAAUGUAAUUCAUGCAGCACUUAUUAGAAAAGUUUUUAUUGACACAUUAAAAAAACACUUUUUUUUUCAAAAAUUUCAA